CUCCCCCUUCCUCACUUCAUCAUGCCGCCCCGCUUUGGCAUAUCGGCGCCCAAGUGCCCAAAGUGUGACAAGAGCGUAUACGUCGCCGAGCAGGUGAGUACUGGCCAGAGAGUGGGUCGCUCGCGUGGGCUGAGCGCGACUCCACUUACACGUCCCCUUGGUCUUUCCCCGUUCCGCAAUGGUCCUCCUUCCUCGCCCGUUGCAGAUCAUUGGCCCUCAAGCCAGACCGUACCACAAGUCAUGUCUGACCUGCGUCGUAUGCAACAAACGUCUAGAUUCUACGCUCCUGGUCGAGCAUGACGGACAACCGCUGUGCAGGCACUGCCAUCGCGAUUCUCUAGGGCAGGGCAAGGGAGGCUUCAACAAGGCGGUGCCCCUCCGUGCCUCCCUACCUCCCAGUCCGCCCAAACCUAGCCAACCUCAGCGCUUUUCUCAGCAGUAUGCUCAAGAGCUACGAGACGAGGAUGAGAUGGCAAGGAGAUUGACUGGCAUCAACAUCAGGCCUCGAGAGGGCAGCACACACGCGAGCGGGCAAGCCGCCUUCUCGCCCACCAGCGGCUCUUCCUCCUCCUUCUCGCCUUCUGCGCCACCACCGCGGCCGGAGAAUCCUACGCCAUCGACAGCCCUAGCACCCAUGACCGCUUCGCAAACGUCUGGGUCGUACUCUUCUUCUUCGGCCAUCUCCCCUUCUAGCUUACCCUCAGCAGCGGGUGACGAACCUCCCAACCAGGACUGGAGGGAGGUGGAAAGCAUAGACGAGUAUAUUGCCUCUUCGGCCGGCAUUCCGAAUGUUGUUCCGAGAAGUACAGCAUUGAGAGGCGGCGCGGAUGGUAUCAAUAGAGCGCUAGGAGCGUCCCAAGAGCAGCCCACCUCAACACGGUCGGCGGCUGAGCCGAGACCUGGCUUGACACCUCAGCACACGCCCACCUUACGAUCUCCGGCCUACAUCCCCUCUGGCGACGAAUCCCCGCGACGCAGUGGCUCAAGACCCCUUCCUCAGCCCCCUACCCACGCAUCCACUAGCAGUCACCCCUCAAGCGUCACUCCAGCAGCUGCAGCUCCUGCUAUUACCAGCUCAGCAACUACUGGCGGUCUACCUCCCCCCGCCCGCCGGACCCCGGUCUCCACCAGCGUACCAUCAUUCAAGACAGCCCAUGGGCCUUACUCUUCUACAGCAGCUCCCUCCUCUCCCUUUCGCUCUCAAUAUGGCAAUCUUUCCUCUUCUACCUCUUCCACUCCUACCCGGCUAGCAAAUGCCGUCUCAUCCGGAACACCCCUCUGUGCCCGCUGCCAGCGCCCAGUCUACCAUGCCGAGCAAGUAAUCGCCGCUUCAGGCGCAAGGACAUGGCAUCGUCCCUGCUUGAAAUGCGAAGAAUGUGGUAGUACACUACAGAAGGGCUCGCUUGAAGAAGGACCAGUAGGGAAUAGCGUACAUGAUGGAAGUAGGAGUGGGGAGAGCUAUGGACAGGGAUGUAAUACCUUUUGCAAGGUUUGUUAUAGGAGGCUCUUUGGACCAAGGGGAAUUGGGAAUGCGGGGACGAGCUUUCCCUCCGCUGCUUGAACUCGGAUACCUGGGCGAUCCUGGCUGGAACAGAGGCCCUGAGCUGAGCAUUGCAUAGGUCCCUGCCAGAUUGUCCUCUCUAUUGUACAUUUAAUAGCAAAAGCUCGCGCAACGAUUAGUAUACCCUGCAAAGUUCAGAUCAGAGUAAAGCAACUCGGACGGGUGUUCGUAAUAUGAAUGGAU